AUGGGGCGCGAAGAACAGAUUGAGGAGCGGGAGGUUCUCGACUCUAUUUUUCCCGAUGAGAUCACAGAUAUCUCGGAAACCGAAUACAGGAUAUCAAUUACUCUCGACCUUCCAGAUGAUGAAUCCGAACCCCCAAUAAUACUCCUCACCAUUCGAUAUCCCGAAGACUAUCCGGACAAGGCGCCAUUGCUCGAGCUUGCCGCACCUCAGGGCUCGAGCCCCCACCAAUACAUCAAUGUCGCCGAAGACAAGGACCAGCUCCUCCAGGGGCUGGAGGCCACCGUUGAGGAAAACCUUGGCAUGGCAAUGGUCUUUACUUUAGUAUCAGCCGUGAAGGAAGCUGCGGAACAAUUGGUGGAGGAACGGAAGGCGGCAGCCGCAAAGGAGCAUGAAGAGGCCGUCCUAGCAGCAGAACGCGAGGAGAACAAGAAGUUCCACGGGACACCGGUCAAUCGCGAUACAUUUCUAAAGUGGCGGGAGGAUUUCCUGAAAGAGAUGGAGGAGAACCGGGUUCGAGAAGAGGAGGAGAGGUUAGCCGAAUUGAAAAAGGCGAGAAUCAAGGAGCCGGUCAAGCUCACAGGGAAACAGCUAUGGGAACGGGGCUUGGCUACAGCUGGGCAGGAAGACGGCGACGACGACGGCGUACCAACCGACGAUGUACAGAAGCUCAAGGUUGGCGACAAUUGA